AUGAGAAAUAAAGCCAGUCGCAAUGAUAAUGGAGGUGAACAUGUAGAACUAGAUUGUGUAUCAACAAUUUUUAAUCAUCCUAGUCGCUUUAGUGGAAGAUCUUCAUGUCGAUACUUAAAUAAGAAAGAAUUAGAAGAUGCACAUUUGCAUGUGUUACAUAAUUGUGAAGAAGUUCAACCAUUAAUCAA